CCGCGGAUCCGGGCGGACGCUACGACGUAGCACAUCACCCGUACCUCGUAGCACUCGUAGCACGCGUAGCGGUCGCGAAAAGUUUUGAGGCUACAUGCUUUUCACCUAUGAGAUGAAUAAUUACGAUAUUUGAAUCCUGAUUAGGUUCGAUAAAGUUUUAACUGACAAGAUAAUUAAGUGCAUGCAUUGGAAAUGCUUAUUAUGUGGACUUUUUGAGUGAAAAAUUUAAGUGCGUGUGCGGAGUAGUUGCGGCUCGAUGCGCGCCCGGCGCCGCACGCGGGAGCAUGCUCGUGCACCUAUUGGUACUUAGCACCGCAUUCGCGGCAGCCACCAGCGGCAAACACGGUGUGGAGGUACCAGAAUUCGGAGAGCCACUGACCAAUCUAACAGUUCCCAUCGGUCGUGAUGCAACCUUCAAGUGUAUAGUCGUCAAUUUAGGCGUUUACCGAGUGGGCUGGGUGAAGGCAGAUACAAAAGCCAUACAAGCGAUCCACGAGCACGUGAUCACCCACAACCACAGGGUGUCAGUCUCGCACGCUGAUCACUCCACGUGGUACCUACACAUAAAGAACGUACAGGAGGAGGACCGAGGACAGUAUAUGUGCCAAAUUAACACAGACCCAAUGAAAAGCCAAAUGGGGUAUCUGGAGGUAGUAAUACCACCAGACUUCAUAACCGAAGAAACGUCAGGAGACACAAUGGUACCUGAAGGUGGCACGGCCCGAGUAUCGUGUAGAGCUCGCGGCAUCCCUCCCCCACGAGUAAUGUGGAAACGGGAAGAUGGACAGGAAAUAGUUGUAAGAGACAGCACUGGAGCGAAGACAAAAGUGCUAACAUACCAGGGUGAAGUACUAAAGCUGACGAAGAUAUCGCGUUCCGAGAUGGGGACGUACUUAUGUAUCGCCAGUAAUGGCGUGCCACCCACAGUUAGCAAGAGGAUCCACAUAAGUGUACACUUUCAUCCAGUGAUCCAGGUGCCUAACCAGCUAGUGGGAGCUCCGCUAGGCACCGAUGUUACGCUGGAGUGCUACGUGGAAUCAUCGCCUAAGUCUAUCAACUACUGGGUUAAAGACCCCGGUGAGCUAAUAAUACCAUCUGAGCACCACGAGAUGGCUGUAAGACAAAAAUCCAUGUUCGAAGCGGAAAUGUCUAUGACCAUCAAGAACAUACGGCGUGAAGACCUCGGAAGCUACAUAUGCGUGGCCAAAAAUUCCCUAGGAGACGUGGAGAGCAAAAUCAGAUUAUAUGAAAUACCAGGUAACGAUAGACACAUCUAUCAAUAUACAGACGAGAGGACGACCUCAGACGAUGAGUAUGGAACAGAAGUCUAUGACGACUUCGACGAUCAAGAGCCAGAGAAAAGCAAUCGCGUACCAGAUCGAGCUAACAAAUGGUACUCAAAUGACGGAAAAGUUGUCUAUACCACAAAUAAUGCAUCGAUUAUUACCGCGACAAUGAUUAUUUUAGCCGUUCUUAGUUUAUUAGACACCAUAUCUUAAAGAAUUAUGAAUAGUGGCGUUCCUUGACGUAUUUGUUUAUUUAAGCGAUUAAAUGUUUGAUUUUUUACAUUUUUUUAUACUUAAAGUUACUUAUUGUCUUAAAUUCACCUUAUAUAUUUUAAUUGUGAAUUAAUUGUGGUAUUUUGGCUUAUUCUGUUGCAUUUAUAUCAUCUCUUUAAUUAACUAAAAUGGCAAGAGUAAAAUUUAUUGCUAUUCCUUUCAUAAUACUCCCUUUGGAAAAGGAUGUCACUAGUCUGCACUAUGUCACAUACUAGUCACUACAAUGUAAUAUGAUGUAAGAUUAACAUCAUACAUGAUGUAAAUACAUCAACCACAAUUAAAUACAUUUAACCAAAAUGUUUUUCAAAAACCAUUAUCAUUGCCAUCGAAGUAGUGGGCCUGACCAUUAAUUUUAGUCAGUGUACCAAAAUUAUGGGUUGUGACGUCACAUGACCGGGUGGCGUCGUAUAUCAAGCUCAUAAAAUCUUUAUACACCCCAAAAGGAAUAAAUAAUAAAGUAUGAUAGGGCAUAAAUAGAAGACUACAAAUAUGCAUUUAAGUAGUUUCUCAUAAAUCAAUAACCACCCACGAGCCCAAAGAUAGGACAUUGCAUAUUAAAAUAACAGCUGUUUUUGUAGUAAAAAAGAAAAAGAAGUCCAAGAGAUGUAAAUACGCAGAUACAGUCUGUAGCUACUCCAGCGACAUCAUCAUCAUGAUCAACCUAUCAUGGCCCACUACUGAACACGGGUCUCCUCUCAAAAUGAGAAGAACUUAGGGCAUAGUCUACCGCACUGGCCAAGUGCUGAUUGACAGCGUUCGUACAUACUCCUUUGAAAGCACUAUAAAGAACUCUCAGGCAUCUCCUCAAGAUGUUUUCCUUCACUGUUAAAGCAAGUUAUAUGAACAUAUUAUUAUUU